GCUUAUUUGCUUUAACUCGAUGCCCAAAACUUCUAACAGCUCAGCUUCCCAUCUCAAUGGAAAUCUACAUUUUCUCUCUCUAAAUAAACAGAGUUAGAGAGAGAAACGAUGCUCACGUAAAGAUCUAACACACAUCCCCACCACUAUCCAUCUCCAUCUCCACCACCACACCAAAAGAAAAGUAUUUACAUGAUCAUGGAUCCAGACCACCAUCAUAACCCGAUCCAUCGACCCAACUUCCCUCUCCAACUCCUCGACACCAACCACCAACACCAUUCCUCCGCCGCCGCCGAAGAUGACUCAUCCGCCGCCGUCGUCUCCGCCGUGAGGAAGCCGCCGCCGAAACGGGCCUCGACGAAGGACCGACACACGAAGGUGGAGGGUCGUGGCCGGAGGAUCCGGAUGCCCGCGAUGUGCGCGGCCCGAGUGUUCCAGCUCACGCGAGAGCUCGGCCAUAAGUCCGACGGAGAAACCAUCCAGCAGGCGGAGCCCGCCGUCAUCGCUGCCACCGGGACCGGAACUAUUCCGGCGAACUUCACCUCCCUCAACGUCUCCCUCCGGAGCUCGAGGUCAUCCUUCUCCUCCAACUCUCAAAUCCGAACAACGCCGACCAGUUACUAUUUCAACAGCCAACAGCUUCGACCCAAGAACGAGUUACCAUCGCCAUCGUCAUCGCCGUUUUUAGAUACCCAAAUGGGUAACUAUCUCUUGCAGUCAUCGACGAGUGGCUCCAUUCCGGCGAGUCAGAAUCCCGUGACGGCGUCGUUUUGGAGCAGCAGCGAAAACAACAGUCACAACCUCUGGGGUUUCAAUCUUAACCCUUCAGGAGCCGGCGGUGACGUGUACAACACCGCCGGAAUCCAUCUCAUGAACUUAGCCGCCGGGCCGUUGGCUUUGUUCUCCGGCCAGCCAGUGGCUCAGCCAGGGUUUGGAGCCAACGUCUCGUCUGGUGAACAUAGCAACCAUUUUAGGCUUCUCGGUUCGUUGAAUGGUUACAGCCGGGCAAUGGCGCCGGAGACGUCGAACCACCACCAUGACGGUGAUAAUCAAGAAGACGCCAGUACGAGUCACCAUUCUUAAGACAAGACCUAUAUCAUGUGAGCUUCGGUUCUUUUUUUUUUCUUUUGGUUUUUAUCGAGUGUGUAUUAUUAUGCAUUUGUUUUCUCUUCUAGGGUCUAUAACCUUUUUUCCCCUUUGAUCGAUCUUUGCAUCGAGUUUUCAUUCUUGUUAAAUUUUUUUUUUUUGGUAAGUGCCAACGUUUAUAGUAAGUGGGAUUUGAAACACGGGUUACAUUUGUUCGAGGUUUGUCCACUAUUAGUAUUGUCUUUUGAGAUGUUUCUCUAUGUGUCAGAGUGUGCCUCAUCAGAUAAAGAUUCCUUGGUUAUGAGAAACACCUCAUUA